CUUUACCCUACACACCAGUAGCAGCCGGGCGCGCAUACACAAGCAUCAUCGCAUCGGCAUCGCCAUCAGCAGUUCCUCGUGGUUGUCGUCGUGAGUGAGCUGCAGAGUGCACACCAGUACCUAGUGCCAGAGUGCCAGUGGGUGAAGCAGAAUCGAAUCGAAAAACCGGUGGCUCGUCGUCGUCGCCGUAGUCAUCGCAGCGCAGUCAGUCAGUUCGGUUCUCUCCCAUCCGUCCGCGUAUGGUCCGUACGGUGCCGUGUCCGUGUGGCGUACCUACCUACCUACCUACAACAGAGGUGUGUGGUGCAAUAAUAUCGCAAACGCCCCGUCGUCGUCGUCGCAAUCAGUCCCAGUCGUGCCGGGACAUAGUCAAACGCGCCGCCGCCGUCGUCGUGUGUUAGAGGUACAUAUUCGGUUUGGUGUUGUGAGAAAUCAUCAUCAUCAGCAGGAGAAACUCACUCAAAGUGAGGUGUGAUAUAAGGGAGUGCGAAACGAAAAAAAAAAGGUGAUAUUUUUGUGGCGGGCGGCGAGUGAAGAAGAGUGUGAACGGCGCGGGAAGGAAAUUCAAAAUUUCGGUCUCGCUCGCUCGUAGUACAGAAUGAUCCCAAAGGCCGCGGCGAAAAAGAAAAAUCAAGGGAUCGCCGAAGCAGCAGCAGCAGAAGUGGCAACAGCAAGAAGCAACUGAACCCUUUCGGGUCGGGAGCAAAAGUGAUAGCUGAAUUGAGAGCGAAGAUCUUCCGUUACAGUGUAGAUGUACUCGCCGAAGAAACCUUUCUAAUGGAAGCAAGUGGUGGAAGCAGUCCGCCGUGUAGUGAGAUCAGUUGUGAUACGAUUCGUAGAAGAAGCCAAGUUCUUAGGGCCAUAGUAGUCUCCGGCGGUGCCAGUGAAGGUGGUGAUUGUCCGGAGAAAAGUGCAGGUUUUCUCAAAUAGUGUCGUCGCCGUCGGUGUCAACCCUCUUUCUUGGGGGGUGAGCAUCAGAGCAGAAGAGAAUCACGCGACAACGGCGAAGGAGUUCGGGAAGCCAGCUAUCCACAGAGGUGUUCAUAAUACAAGUGCAUGUGUAAAAGCAAACGCGCGUUGUAGUUCGCGUUGCAUGAAAGAAGAAGUCGAAGCAAGUGAUUCAAUCGAAAAAGAAGUCAGAAGAGAGAAGAGAGUUCCCGGUGGUAGUCAGCGGCAGCAACAGUCAAAAUUGGGAGUUCCAGCUGGAGGAAGCAUCGUCGGUUCCCUGAUUUGUUGCACCGGCUGAAGGCAAACAUGGCCAACACGCUGUCGUCGAGCAAGAUGACCAACACGAUACGGAAUCUCGUGAGCAAGCGUCGCAUUCGCUACACCCAGGAUGGGUUCGAUCUGGAUCUUACAUACAUCAACGAUCGGAUCAUCGCCAUGGGCUACCCGGCCGAGCACAUGGAAUCGAUCUACCGCAACAAGAUCGAGGACGUGCAUAAAAUGCUGGAGAAGAACCACGCCGGUUGCUACAAGAUCUACAAUCUCUGCUCGGAGCGGACCUACAAUCACAAACGCUUUCCGUACUAUUCCGUGUAUCCCUUCAAGGAUCACAACCCACCGGACAUCGAGCUGAUAACGUCGUUCUGCAAGGAUGUGGACGAGCACCUCCGGGCGGACAGCAAAAACGUGGUGGCUGUGCACUGUAAAGCGGGCAAGGGUCGGACAGGUACGAUGAUCUGCUGCUACCUGCUGUACAGUCAACAAUUCAACACGGCCGACGAAGCGCUCCACUACUACGCACAGAGGCGCACAAGCGACAGCAAGGGCGUAACGAUUCCAUCCCAAAGGCGGUACGUCGAGUACUACGCCUCACUGCUCCAGAGCAACGAAAUCUACCAGCCGGUGACAUUAUACAUCUGCGAGAUUAGGAUAGCCCCGUCGGUGAAUCUCAAGGAGGGCACAAUCACCGUUACCGGUCAGGAUCCGAAACCGCUGCCGGAGUUCAAACGGGUUGGCGGCGGUGGCACCAACAACGCCAACAGUGACUCCCAGCAGCAACAGCAGCAGCAGCUGCAGUCGCCGCCGCAGCAACAACAACAGCAACAGCAGCAGCAACAACUGGUGGCCAAGAUGGACUACUGCAUGCCACUGGCCGGAGACAUCAAAAUCGAGCUGGUCAAGAACUCGGUGAUGAAGGAGAAACGGUGCCACUUCUGGUUCAAUACGUACUUCGUGGAACGAUCGGCGAAGAAAGACGCCGAGGGAAACCUGUUGCUAGAACUUAGCAAGUCGGAAAUCGAUGAUGCUCACAAGGAUAAGCAUCAUAAGGAAUAUCCCAGCAAUUUCACGGUGACACUUGCCAUGCGAAGGGUACCCAACGGAAGGUUCUCGGAAAGCGUCACCAUAAAGUCGACAUCCCCAUUGAUAAGUUGCACCAUGGAUAACAACCGACAGGCGCACAUAUUUCCCCAGCGGCAGAGGGUGAUUCAGCAACAGCACCAACACCAUUCGCCACACCAGCAACAGCUGCUGCAACAGCAGCAGCAACAGCAACAUCAUCCACCACAUCGACAAAUCAGCAGCGACCCCUACAGAGCAACAAUGAAACACCACAAUAGUUCACCCGGUGGUUUCCUGCAGCAUGACCAGUCACAACAACAGCAGCACCACUAUCAUCAACAGCAACAACUGAACACACUGCCACAGACGCAGCAGCAGCAGCAGAACAACCACCAAAACCAUGAUCCCCAACAGCAACAACAACAACAGCAGCAUCAGCAGUAUUUCAAGCGGUCGCUCGAAAACAUCCAACAGCAACACUACGAUGCUGACGAUAGCCAUCAGCUCCACUGUCCGGAGUACUCGGAAUCGUCCAGCUCGGAAUCGUCAACCGAAGAGGACGGAUGGGAUUCCGGUGAGUGUCUAGCGCCCGAUAAUGCUAACCUGUACUAUCGAAACGACAACUAUUACUACGGUAGUUGUGCCGGCCUUAGUCCCUCGCGUCGUCCCACCCCUAGUCCCGGUCCCGUAAAACUUCCGACUCCGUUGCCCCAAAGCAACAAGAGCUACGUUCAGCCGACAAAAGCCGCGCAAUCUAUCCAUACUGAUAGUUGUAGGAGUAGUAGUAGCAGUAAUAGUAGUAGAAGUAGUGGUAGACGUAGUAGUAAACCAAUUGGCAGUUCAAAAUUAAACCAAUCAUUAGCUAAUACAACAUUCGCAACUAGUAGUACUAGUAAUAGUAGUAAACCCUCAGUAGUGCCUGCUGUUGAUUCUUCCAUUACCUCUGGUGUUCUAAAUUCUGCUUCCCUCUCGAUGCAAGUGUCGGUUCCACGGUUCCACAAGGCCGGUGACACAAACAAUGGGAAACUUCCUUCCUCCGCUUCUGAACUUACCGCAAAACAUUCAGCUACCGGUACGAUAGCCGUUCCAUCUACUAAUCGCACUGCUUGGUCGUCAAUUGUGCUCCGGCGAAAAAAGAAGAAAUCCUUCAAAUCGAAUGUGACCCGUAACCAUGGCUUGAUGUCUCGAGAGUUCGGUUCAACAAACAGUGCCUGCUCCGGAGCGUCGAUGUCCACUCAGGGGAAGACCAAACCUGGGAAGGGUAAAUUCCACAAGCUCCGUUGGCUGCGAAACAUGCGUAGCGAUUCCAAUCUGAAGGACGUUCUAGCCCAAAACAGUGACAUUGUAACCCUGACGCACUCGAACGUAGCCCUGCGUGAUCCGGUUGUGGCCAUUACUCCGCCCAGCACCACCAGUCCCAUUGUAGCAACUGUGACACAACCUCCAACUGCCUCGAACGAAAACCUCCUGUCGUUAGAUUACUACUCGUCCAUAUGUGAUAAGCAACUUAGUUUCGAAUCCCCCUGCAAAAGCCCUGGUCAUCUGAUGAAACUGAAUCUCGCUCGGAGGCCUCUGGAAGCCGUACCGGACAGCGAAUGCUCCAUUGUGAUAGCAAAGCCCAGUGAACAACGGCUCAAGAUUGGCUUCGAAGUCAGUCCGGCUCAAUCUCCCACUACCAAAGCGAACCCCCAUCCCACUCCUUUCCAAAAACCGGACGAGUCACGCGACGAACCCGAACCCAGCUCAUCCAAAUCUCUCGGCCUCGUGCCGAAGCAGGAGAAUGCCAGUUUCUGCGAUCGGAUCCUUCAAUCGCUGGCUGCAGCCGGAAUGGGGUCGAAAAAGUCCUCCGACAACGAACUGCAAGUCCCUUCUCCGGCGACAACAUCCGGCGGGGGCAGUCCGAUAGCUCCCCGGGUCAACCGCUGCUCGCCGUUCUCCUUCCGUGAGCUGGGCCAGGAGCUUAAAUCCGUCAUGAAGGCAUCCUCCCAACAAGCGAAACAGACAACUACUCCUCGGGCUGCUUCCCCUAAUGUUCCGCCGAUAGGCGACGGGACCCCUUCGGAAGGAUCGACUCCAACGACGAAAAAAGCCGAUCAGUAGGACCCCCACCACCCACCAUCCCACCUUUCUCCCUGUCUACUAUCUCUGUGUACCUCUACGGCUGUGCUGUUUUCGUGUGUGCGUGAGUCAAUGCAUGCUAGUGUGUGUGUGCGUGCGUGUGAGCGCGAAUGUCAGUGUGCGUGCGUUGUUAAGUUUCGAUAAGUGUGUAGUUGUAUGUUCCCCGGCGAGAUUAUAACAAAAUAGUCAAUAGGCAAGAGUACCCCCUAUAAAACAAAUUCUUUAGCUUACGAAACACACAUUGUUCAUUGCUUUAUAUGUACGCGAGCGGCCAGGGCCACAAACAUUUCAGUGAAACACUGUUGUCUGUCGAUUAUUUGAGAUAAAAUGCCUAGUUAAAACAAAGACCUACUUAAAUUCGAACAACAAACUACUCCCGCGUAAGCAGAGAAGAUUUAGACGAUUUUUAUUUUUACUAAUUUUAUUUUGUUGUAGUAGUACGUAGUUUUAUACACACAAAACUCUAUGAUUAUGCUGAUACAUUUGAAUAAGAACGAUUAUUUCUAUCGAAA